AUGGAGACAACUUACCCCUUCAAGAAGACCGCGGAGAAAUCCCUGGGCAAGAAGACACCCGCCAGGUCAUAUCGUCAACUCGUGAAUAGCGACUACCAGGUAUGCGGACGUUCCGUCACGGGCUGACCUUCCUUUCUACCGUAGUACCAAUGGCCAGAAGGCACCGUUCUAUACCAACAACUGGAGGCCCCCCCGAGCCUUCGGCCCCAACUCAAGGUCUCCGAUCUCAGCGGGAUUCCAACAAACUUGAAGGACCCAAGGACAACUCUGCGUUAUGUCUCAGUCGAAGAAUACAGAAGAAUCGGUGAUUUGCCACAGGACAUUGUUAAGGGCUAUUUAUAUGUCAGGAAUGCCGCUACAAAUAAUAUUAUUUGA